GCUCUCAAAUAGGAUCCUCUUGCUUUCAAUCAUCUAGCGUUUGCUUUCUUUUUCUUUUAUAUAUAGAUCAUCGCGCUUGAUUAUACUCGCAUACAUACAAAAUGCCUUCCAUCAAGAGCCUCCUUUCGGCAUUUGCCCUUGCGUACCUGGCCAACGCAACCACCAUCAAGAUCACAGCCACCUCCUCCAACACCUUUGAUCCUUCAACCAUCAAGGCAAACGAUGGCGACGUCUUGGAGUUCAUCUUCGAGCCCAAGAACCACUCUGUCGUCGCUGGUGACUAUCGCUACCCCUGCUCUCCCUUGGAGCUCGGCACCGGCUUCUUCUCUGGCUUCUUUGCGACAUCCAGCGGCGAAAAUGACAAAGUCUUUCGCGUAGAAAUCAACGGAACCGACACCAUUCCGUUCUACUCCUCGCAGGGCAACGAGUGCGCCGGCGGCAUGGUUGGCAUCAUCAACCCCAAGGGCAACCAGACCCUCGACGACUACAAGAAGCGCGCUUCAACCCUGGCAAGGAGUGUCUCCCCCGGCCGAACGUCCUUUGGCGGAGAGAUUGCAGACAACGACAGCAGCUCAGACAACUCCACCAGCGGCGAUGGCAACGGAAGCAGUGGUGGCAGUGGUGGCAGCAGCUCUGGAAAGGGAGGCAGCAGUGGAAGUGGCAGCGGCAGCUCAGGCGACAGCUCUUCCGACAAAGACGGCAAGGAUAACGGCAGUGUAUCUUUGUCUAUCUCUAUUGGCGCCCUCGCACUCGCUUUCAUGAUGGCGAUUUAAAAAAAAAAAAUCGGUGCUUUUUUUGGGAAGCAAAUCAUUAGAUACCCUAUUAGACUGGAUUUGCUGCUGUGCCCUGUCAAGUCAGAGGAAAGUAGUGCUUAUGGCUGGGGCUGGAUUGAUGUCGGCCUUAACUGUGGAUACAUGUAGAUGAAAGCGUGUUGGUUUUAGUUUGGUCAUCCCCAUCAGC